AUGUGGCUACUGGAGAAGCUCCGCAGCUCUGUGGAGAGCAGUGGGACACAAUCCCAGUCAAAAACAACAGAGGCCAUCCCUGUUUCUGUUUAUGCCAAUGUCCUCACCCCAAACAAGAUUCCUGAUUUCUUCAUCCCCCCCAAACUCAUUUGUUGCCCACCAGAAGAGUCUCUUUCCCCAGAACCUCAGCACUGCUCCAGCUUGCGACCCUCGUCAUCUGACCAUGCUAUCUGCAGCCAGAGCCCCAGAGCUCGGAGCAGCAAGAACCCCUGCAGUCCUCGCCUCUUUUCCCGUUUUGGAGGAGACACACGCAAUCUUCAAAAGUCAGCAAACCGUCACAUCAUCCAAAUAGAGAGUGCUGAUGAGCCAGGUGAUGGAUCUUUAGACAGGGCCAAUGCUGAAGUCAACACCAAUGCAGACCCUCAGUCACAGACUGCAAUGUCUCUACCAUAUGUCCCCAAGGCCCAGACCUCCUAUGGUUUUUCAACCCUGGUGGAGUCUCCCCAUACCCGACGGAAGGAGAGCUUGUUCCACAGUGACCCCAUUAGCCCUCUUACCUCCCCUAACUCACAGAGGCGCUCCCAAGGUGGGGCUCUUCUGGCCCCAGCUGACUCAAAUCCCUACCGGUAUUUCAGUGGCGGAGAGAGUGACACCUGCUCCUCCGCAGAGUCAUCCCCCUUUAACUCCCCUCUACUGUCCCGCUCUGCCUCUCUCCUGCGCUCCAUCACCCAGGAGACACAAGCCAAGGUAUCUCGUGCCAAGCGUUCCCUGGCACGCCACAGUUCACUCUCCACUGAUGAAUGCAGCUCAGCUGACAACAGCCCCAACAUGCAGCGCCGCCGUAUGCGCUGCCCUCCCUCUCCUGCCUUCCGUGGAUGUAAAAGCAGUGGCUUAAAGGGUGCUGCGUCAGACCUCCUGCAGCGUGAGCACACCGUCAACCUCCACAAGGGGGGGACAUUGAGGCUCAGCACUCACUAUGACCCGGAGGCAGCCCGGCUGAGGGUACGUGUGCUUGCAGCUGAGGCCCUUUAUGACAGGCAGACAGAACUUAAAAGCAUUAACUGCUGUGUAUCUCUCUACCUAAACCCUGGCAAGCAGCAGAAACAGAGAAGCACCAUAAUCAAGAAUAGCAGGAAUCCGGUAUUCAAUGAGGACUUCUUUUUUGACGCGCUGCCACGGGCACAAGUAAAAAGUAUGGCCAUGAAGAUAAAGGUUGUGAACAAAGGAACCAGUCUGAAGAGAGACGUGCUUCUAGGAGAAAGGGAGGUGCUGCUCAGUGAGCUACUUGCGGGCCUCUAG